AUGUUUUCCAACGGAACUAUGAACAUCACGGUCUACAAUCCCAUGGAAAGUGAUUACAAAAAGUUAAUGACGUUGUAUUCAACGUCAUUUCAAUGUCCUUGUAAUAAUAUUUCAGUUCAAUAUAAGAGUUUUCUUCGUGUUGAUGCCAUCUUUCAUGAGAUUUGUUCGAGUGACUUCGUCCAGGCAGAAUGGCGUGAUUAUUUGUUUGAUCAAGGCAAUUGGCUGGAUCAUUAUCGAGUGGAUACCACAGUUCAACAUGCGAUUGAUCAAUUUCUUAAUGAAACCUUUAUCAAUACUCAACUGAUUCCUCGAUCGGAGUUUCAGCUUCGAAUUAACAUCAGCAAUUUUAUCUUACAAUCUCAGCAAAUAACAACAGCACAGUUUUCGCGCAGUGUAGAUCUACUGCACAAUGUGAUGGAUGGCAAUGGUUUAAUCUCUUCCUACCUUCUGAAUUAUAAGUGGUCGAUCGAUUUAAACAGAACUUACACGACAAUUCCAAUUAGUUCAGUGACGAUGAAAACUGGAUGUUCGUGUGGAACACGAACUGACUGUAUUGAAUCAGGAGGAAUAUAUUAUGAUAGGACGAAUAGUCAAGUAUUCGCAACACCCGGAUGA